GCGCGGACAAGGCAACAAAUUUCAGCACUAAUGUAAGCCCCUGUCAAAACCAUUAGCCAACGUUAACAGAAUUUGCUCACUAACAAAAGUUGGCCUGCUUAACUGAAAACAGUACACGUCGACAAGGGGCAGUGAACUUGACAUGGUAUGCUGAGGUGGGGAGUCUGGGGACCUAUGCACUAUGGCAGAGUCACUUGCCAUCCAGGACCAUUCAACAGAAGCAGAACUAUGCACCAAUGAAAUAAAAGACAUUGAGUCCUUUGAGACAGAAGGAGCCAACCAGAGAUUGAAAGUCGACCACUUGCUUUUCACCACUGAAAGACACCAAAAAUGUUACUUCUGGUUUUGUGAAGAGUGCAAAGACAAUUUUAUUGAUGAAUGCCCCACACAUGGCCCUCCAGUUUUUGUGCCUGACACCCCUGUGCCAGUGGGUGUCCCAAACCGUGCCGCCCUUACUACCCCUAGUGGCAUUGAGGUCAUUCAGGGAGGCAGUGAGGUGGACGUGUACUGCGUAGACAAAGACAUUCCUAGGGGGGCACUAUUCGGUCCUUACCAGGGUGAAGUGGUGUCACAGGACAAGUCCUCUGGUUUCUUCCCCUGGAUGUUGGUGGACAAAAACAACUCAUACAAAUCCAUUGAUGGUAGCGACGAAACCAAAGCCAACUGGAUGAGGUAUGUCCGAAACUCUUCAGAGGACGUUGAGCGAAACCUGACAGCCUUCCAGCAUGGCGAGCACAUCUACUUCCGGGUGUGCCGGGACCUGUCAGUGGGAGAGAGGCUUCGGGUAUGGUACAGCGAUGACUACAUGGACCGAUUACACCGCAUGUCCCAGGACACCAUUGACAGCAACAUGGCCACAGUUGAAAAGGACUCACGAGUGUGGUCAAGUCCCUGGAAUGUUACAGCACGGGACCGGGAGGCCAACCAGGCCCUCAUCGAGCACUACGGGUGCCCAGAGAUCCAGGGCCUACUGAACGACCGGACAACCAGAACCAAGCAUAUCUUUGAGAUCAUCGCCAGUCGGAUGGAGGCACAGGGCUUCCUGAUCAGUGAGAACUCCUGGCAGGCUGGCAAGCGAUGCUUCCAAAAGUGGCGCAACAUGGAGCGCACGUACAAAGACUAUGUGCUGGCGUCCAGGAGGACUGACGCUGGACGCAAGAAACAGCCCGAGUUCUUUGACCAGUUCCAUGCACUCAUGGGCCAGAGGCUGAGCUCCAAGCUGGCUGCUGCUGACACCCCAGCCAGGGCGUUGACCAAGCUGAAGCCUAAAGCUGUAGCACCAACUCCAAGCCUGCCCCUCUAUGCUAUUGUAGGCCAUCCAGUCAACCUCGGUAUCCCCUCCACCUCCAGCCCAGAGUCAGAGAUUGGAGUCUAUGAAGGCACCACUGAGCCUGAACCGCUAGCCAGGAAGUCCAGGAGCGAACGGUUCCCACAUCCCAAGAUACUCCAGUCAAAUGCGGAGGAGGAGAGGACAGAGAAUCAACUCCAAAAGGGGAGGAGGAGGUCAUGGCUUGGGGAUGACAGAGCUGCUGAGAACGGUGGGUCCCUGCCUGUGUGGUCGGAGCGGAAAGUGAUCAGUCAGGACAUUGAGGCAACGGAGGCUUUAGUAGAGCUGUACAGCUCUCCAGAGAUCCAGGGACUGAUCAGGGAGAACAAGACCCGAACCAAGAGGAUCUUUGAGAUCCUAGCUAGCAGGCUGAAGGAGCAAGGCUUCCCCAUCAGUGAUGUGCCUGAGCAGGCGGGGGAGCGAUGCUUCCAGAAGUGGCAGAACCUGUCGAGGGCGUACAAGGAGUACGCCCUCCACCCAGAGAAGGCUGACAUGGCCAAGAGGAAGCUUCCAGCCUACUUCAACAGGCUCCAGGACCUCAUAAGCCACCGGCUCAGCCUUCAACUAUUUGAAGACUCCCCCGAGCCUGAUGGCAGCAUGGGAGAUGCUGAGGCAGAUGCAGGGGUUGAGGACAUAAGCCAGAAUCUGUUACACAUUGUGGAGGUGCCAGCGAGCCCCAUUGACAUUGUCAGUCCCCCCUCCACUUCUGCCUCCGUCUCCUCUUCACAAAGAGGAAACCACCUCCAUGUUAGACCUAGUGGGCGAAAGAGAAGGAGGAUGGCAGAUAUAUUGGAUGUCUUUCAGGGUUAUAGGGAGGAGGACAAACGAUUGCAAGAAGAGAAGGAAAGGAGGGCAGAGGAGCGCUUUAAUCAGCUGCGAAGCCUUCUGCAGCAACAGCACACCGAGACUAAGGCGGUGAUGAGAGAACUGAACAAUUCCAUGAAGACGAAUUGAAAAAAAAACCUAUGAUAUAUAUAUAGUUUGGACACACCUACUCAUUCAAGGGUUUUUCUUUAUUUUUACUAUUUUCUACAUUGUAGAAUAAUAGUGAAGACAUAACAACUAUGA